UUUCUAAACCUCAAAUCUAAUAAGCACUUGAGGGAAAAAGGAAUGAUGAUCAUCCGAAUAUCAUCUUUCUUUGCUUUCUUAGUACUGCUAACGAUUGAAUCAGCAGCAGGCCAGGCUCUGGUGAAGCCUCGUUGUCAAGAGCUUUGUGGGAAUGUCAGCAUUCCAUACCCCUUUGGAAUCGGAACAGAUUGCUACAUGGACAAAGGGUUUGAGGUCUACUGUAACGCUUCCGAAAUUCCGAGUAUAAUCCUAAACAGCGAAAAAUUAGAGGUACUGUAUAUCUCUCUUGAUCCCAGCUUUAUUAGCAUCAAACUACCCAUAAACUGCACGGACUGUGACAAAAUCUUGGAACAUUUGAGUCUUUAUGAAAGUCCUUUUAGGUCUGUCUGGUCAACCAUCGACGAACAUUAUGUUCCAGGGGUGUUAGAAUGGGCGAUUACUGAGGAGGAUGUAUCACAAUUACCACGUACAAAUGAGAGUGCAUUUAAUUGUUCCGAGUUUACUGGUAUUAAUGAUACUAUAGGUUAUGCUUAUCAUAUCUUGUUUCCCUUACCUUUUUUACCAACUCCACCUCCACCUCCACCUCCAACCUUCCGAACCCGCACAAUCACCCCUAGCCCCGCGCCCUCAAGCCCGCCGAAACCGCCAAGUAAACAAUGCGUUUGUGAACAUGGAUUUCAAGGCAACCCUUAUCUACCUCAUGGAUGUCACGGUGAACUUCUAUCUCCUCCACUUUUUCUCUAGUUAUAUCUGUGUCUCGUUUCUUUUAUUUGUAAUAUUUAAUAUUUAUUUUUUUUUACAAUCAUCUAUCAACUGAGUUUUGUUUGAAAAACAUUAAACACAAUAAGAAAAAAAAAAAAUUUAG